AUGAGCGAUGCCGAGAUGGAAAUAUUCGGGGUGGCUGCCCCAUACCUCCGCAAAUCAGAACGGGAGAGAAUCGCAGCCCAAAACAUGCCGUUUGAUGCCAAAACAGCCAUCUUUGUGCCUGACCCAAAGCAGGAGUAUGUGAAGGGGAAAAUCAGGAGCCAAGAUGGCCCCAAGGUCACCGUGGAGACUGAGGAUGGAAAGAUUGUCGUAGUUCACCUGGACGACACUCGCCCCAUGAACCCUCCUAAGUUUGACAAGCUGGAGGACAUGGCAAUGCUGACACAUCUGCAUGAACCAGCUGUGCUCUUUAACCUCAAGGAGCGCUACGCCACCUGGAUGAUCUACACCUACUCUGGGCUCUUCUGCGUGACUGUGAACCCCUAUAAGUGGCUACCAGUCUACAACCCAGAGGUGGUGGCUGGAUACCGUGGGAAGAAACGGCAAGAGGCCCCCCCACACAUCUUCGCCAUCUCUGACAGUGCUUACCAGUACAUGCUGACAGAUCGAGAGAACCAGUCUAUCCUGAUCACUGGAGAAUCUGGUGCCGGGAAGACCGUCAACACAAAACGAGUCAUCCAGUAUUUUGCAACAAUUGCAUCAAUGGGAGACUUGAGCAAGAAAGAGCAACUUUCCGGCAAAAUGAAGGGGAAUCUGGAGGAUCAAAUCAUCCAGGCUAACCCUCUGCUGGAAGCUUUUGGGAACGCCAAGACUGUGAGGAACGACAACUCUUCUCGCUUUGGGAAAUUCAUCCGCAUCCACUUUGGAACAAAGGGGAAGUUGGCAUCAGCUGAUAUUGAAACAUACCUUUUGGAAAAAUCCAGAGUGACCUUUCAGCUGCCGGCAGAGAGGAGUUAUCACAUCUUCUAUCAGAUCUUGUCAAACAAGAAGCCUGAUUUGAUUGAGAUGAUGCUAAUAACCACCAACCCAUACGACUACCCUUUCAUCAGCCAGGGAGAAAUCACUGUGCUGAGCAUCAAUGAUCCCGAGGAGCUGAUGGCCACUGAUAGUGCCACUGACAUCCUGGGGUUUAACACGGACGAAAAGGUCGGCAUCUACAAGCUGACUGGCGCUGUGAUGCAUUAUGGGAACAUGAAGUUCAAGCAGAAGCAGCGGGAGGAGCAGGCAGAGCCCGACGGCACCGAGGUGGCAGACAAAGUGGCCUACCUCAUGGGUCUGAACUCUGCUGAUUUGCUGAAGGCUCUGUGUUACCCCCGAGUGAAAGUCGGGAAUGAGUAUGUCACCAAAGGUCAGACUCCUCAGCAGGUGAACAAUGCCAUGGGCGCCCUGUCUAAGGCCGUGUAUGAGAAGCUGUUCCUGUGGAUGGUCACACGUAUCAAUCAGCAGCUCGACACCAAACUUCCGAGACAGCAUUUCAUUGGCGUCCUGGAUAUUGCAGGAUUUGAGAUUUUCGAGAUGAACAGCCUGGAGCAGCUGUGUAUCAACUUUACAAACGAGAAGCUGCAACAGUUUUUUAACCAUCACAUGUUUGUGUUGGAGCAAGAGGAAUACAAGAAGGAAGGGAUUGCGUGGGAGUUCAUAGACUUUGGCAUGGAUUUGGCAGCCUGCAUUGAGCUCAUUGAAAAGCCGAUGGGUAUUUUCUCUAUUCUGGAAGAGGAGUGCAUGUUUCCAAAGGCAACAGACAGCUCCUUCAAGAACAAGCUGUACGACCAACACCUGGGGAAGAACAGCAUCUUUCAGAAGCCCAAGCCCUCCAAAGGAAAGGCCGAAGCUCACUUCUCACUGAUGCAUUAUGCCGGCACUGUCGACUACAACCUCAGCGGCUGGCUGGAGAAAAACAAAGACCCACUUAAUGACACUGUGGUGCAGCUUUAUCAGAAAGCGUCCCUGAAGCUGCUCUGUCAGCUGUUUGCCACAUAUUCCACUGCUGAAGGUCAGUCUGUAGCUGAUGGAACUAAGAGAAGUACCAAGAAAAAGGGUUCUUCCUUCCAGACGGUUUCUGCACUUUUCAGGGAAAACCUGAAUAAACUGAUGGCCAACCUCCGGUCCACACAUCCACACUUUGUAAGAUGUAUUAUCCCCAAUGAAACCAAGACUCCAGGUUCCAUGGAUCACCAUCUUGUCCUUCACCAGCUGCGUUGUAACGGUGUGCUGGAAGGUAUCAGGAUUUGCAGAAAGGGAUUCCCCAGCAGGAUCCUCUACGGAGAUUUCAGGCAGAGAUACAGGAUUCUGAACGCCAGUGCGAUCCCUGAGGGUCAGUUUAUUGACAGCAAGAAAGCUUCAGAGAAACUGCUCUCCUCCAUUGAUGUGGAUCAUGCCCAGUAUAGAUUUGGAUACACAAAGGUGUUUUUCAAAGCCGGCCUGCUGGGUCUCCUGGAGGAGAUGAGGGAUGAACGGCUGGCGGUGCUGAUGACUCGGAUCCAGGCUGUGUCCAGAGGUUAUGUCACCAGGCUCAGGCUCAAGGAGAUGAUGAAGAAAAGAGAGUCAAUUUUCAUCAUCCAGUACAACAUCCGCUCCUUCAUGAAUGUUAAGAACUGGCCUUGGAUGAGGCUCUUCUUCAAGAUUAAGCCUCUGUUACGGAGUGCUGAGGCCGAGAAGGAGAUGCAGAACAUGAAAGAGGAGUUUGCUCGACUCAAAGAGGAGCUGGUAAAGUCGGAGGCCAGGAGGAAGGAGGUGGAGGAGAGAAUGGUGAUGCUCGUCCAGGAGAAGAAUGACCUCUACCUUCAAAUCCAAGCAGAGAGGGAGAACCUGUGUGAUGCCGAGGAGAGGUGUGAAGGCCUGAUAAAAAGCAAGAUCCACCUGGAGGCCAAAGUCAAAGAGUUCUCAGAGAGGAUGGAGGAAGAGGAGGAGAUCAAUGCCGAAAUCACCGCAAAGAAGAGGAAGCUGGAGGACGAAUGUACGGAGCUCAAAAGAGACAUCGAUGACCUCGAACUCACCAUCGCCAAAGUGGAGAAGGAGAAAUAUGCCACAGAAAAUAAGGUUAAGAACUUGGUCGAGGAGCUCACUACUCUUGAGGAAAAAUUGCUGAAGUCCUCCAAGGAGAUCAGAGCUUUGCAGGAAGUGCACCAGCAGACCUUAGAUGACCUCCAGGCUGAGGAGGAUAAAGUGAACUCUCUAAUGAAGAUCAAAAUCAAGCUGGAGCAACAGGUUGACGAUCUGGAGGGCUCACUGGAGCAGGAGAAGAAGGUCCAUGCAGACUUGGAGAGAUCCAAAAGAAAACUGGAGGGGGAUCUGAAGCUGUCCCAGGAAACCAUCAUGGACCUGGAGAAUGAAAGACAACAAAUGGAGGAGAGACUGAAAAAAAAGGACUUUGAAAUCAGCAGCCUGCAGUGCAAAAUUGAAAAUGAGCAAGUCCUAAAUAGUCAACUGCAAAAGAAGAUCAAAGAGCUUCAGGCUCGCACUGAAGAGCUUGAAGAGGGAAUCGAGGCUGAGCGCUCGGCUCGAGCCAAAGUGGAGAAGCAGAGGUGUGAUCUGUCCAGAGAGCUGGAUGAGAUCAGCGAGAAGCUGGAGGAGGCCGGAGGGGCCACCGCUGCUCAGGCCGAGCUGAACAAGAAGCGUGAAGCUGAGUUUCAGAGGCUGCGUCGAGACCUGGAAGAGUCCACCCUGCAGCACGAAUCCAUCGCCGCCGCUCUACGCAAGAAACAGGCUGACAGUGUCGCUGAGCUCAGCGAUCAGAUAGACAACCUUCAGAGAGUCAAACAGAAACUGGAAAAAGAGAAAAGUGAGCUGAAGAUGGAAGUCGACGACAUGGCGAGCAACACAGAGUGUGUUCUGAAAAGCAAGGCUAAUCUGGAGAAAAUGUUCAGGAGCCUUGAGGACCAAAUGAAUGAAUAUAAAACCAAAGCAGAUGAAGCCCAGAGGUCUCUGAGUGAUUACACUACACUCUGUGCUCGUCAACAAACAGAAAAUGGUGAGCUGACACGUCUGCUGGAGGAGAAAGAGAUCACCCUGUCCCAGCUGAGCAGAGUCAAAACUGUGGGGAGUCAACAAAUUGAAGAGUUGAAGAGACUUUUGGACGAAGAAAUGAAGGCAAAAAAUGCCCUGGCUCACAGUUUGCAGUCAUCUCGUCACGACUGUGAGCUGCUGAGAGAGCAGUACGAGGAGGAGCAGGAGGCCAAAGCUGAGCUGCAGCGCUGCCUGUCCAAAGCCAACAGCGAGGUGGCUCAGUGGAGAACAAAAUAUGAGACAGAUGCCAUCCGACGCACCGAGGAGCUUGAGGAGGCGAAGAAGAGGCUGGCCCAGCGGCUGCAGGAGUCUGAGGAAAUGACAGAAGCAGCAAAUGUCAAAUGUGCAUCUCUGGAGAAAACAAAGCAGAGGCUGCAGGCGGAGGUGGAGGAUCUCAUGGUUGAGCUGGAAAGGUCAAACGCAGCCAAUGCCACCUUGGACAAGAAACAGAGGAACUUUGAUAAGAUCCUGGCUGAAUGGAAACAGAAAUAUGAGGAGAGUCAGUCAGACCUGGAAGUUUCCCAAAGAGAGGCUAGAGUGCUCAGUACAGAACUCUUCAAGAUGAAAAACUCGUACGAAGAGGCUCUGGAUCAUCUGGAGACCAUGAAAAGAGAGAACAAAAACCUUCAGCAGGAAAUUACAGAAAUCACAGAUCAAAUUGGACAAUCUGCAAAAACUAUCCAUGAGCUGGAGAAAGCUGCAAAGCAAGCUGAGCAGGAGAAGCGAGACAUCCAGGCGGCUCUUGAGGAAGUUGAGUCUUCCCUGGAACACGAGGAGGCCAAAAUCCUGCACCUGCAACUGGAGCUGAAUCAGAUCAGGUCAGAAGUAGACAGACGGGUGGCGGAGAAAGACGAAGAAAUCGACCAGCUCAAGAGGAACUACCAGAGAACUGUGGACAUUCUGCAGAACACGCUGGACACCGAGACACGUAGCAGGAACGAUGCCGUCCGGAUGAAGAAGAAGAUGGAGGGAGAUCUGAAUGAGAUGGAGAUCCAGCUGGGUCAUGUUAACCGCCAAGCAGCCGAGGCCACCAAACAAACCAGGAACCUUCAGGCUCAGUUAAAGGAUGCCCAGGUUCAUCUGGAUGAAGCGCUGCACUGUCAGGAGGACUUUAGGGAACAACUAGCUAUCACAGAGCGCCGCAACAACCUGAUGAUGGCUGAGAACGAGGAGAUCAAAGCAGCGCUGGAGCAAUCGGAGAGAGGUCGCAAGCUGGCCGAGCAGGAACUGAUCGAAGUCAGUGAGAGGAUUCAGCUGCUGCACUCUCAGAACUCCAGCCUCGUAAACACUAAAAAGAAGAUGGAGUCUGAUUUAAUUCAGCUGCAGUCAGAGAUGGAGGACACCGUCCAGGAGGCGAGGAAUGCAGAUGAGAAGGCCAAAAAAGCCAUCAUGGAUGCUGCCAUGAUGGCUGAGGAGCUGAAGAAAGAGCAGGACACCAGCGCUCACCUGGAGAGGAUGAAGAAGAACCUGGAGGUGACAGUGAAAGACCUGCAGCAGCGUCUGGAUGAGGCCGAGCAGCUGGCUCUGAAGGGAGGGAAGAAAGAGCUUCAGAAACUGGAAGCCAGGGUCCGUGAGCUGGAAAAUGAAUUAGAAUCAGAACAGAAACGCAGCGGGGAGGCCAUGAAAGGUGUGCGGAAAUAUGAGAGGAAAAUUAAAGAGCUCACUUAUCAGAGUGAGGAGGAAAAGAAGAGCGUGGCACGACUUCAGGAUUUGGUCGAUAAACUGCAACUGAAAGUGAAAGCAUAUAAGCGGCAGUGUGAGGAGGCGGAGGAACAAACCAGCAUCCAUUUGGCUAAAGCUCGGAAGGUGCAACACGAACUGGAGGAAGCUGAGGAACGAGCUGAUAUCGCAGAAUCCCAGUUGAAUAAAUUACGAGCAAAGAGCCGCGAUAUUGUUGGUAAAGGGGAAUAGAAGUCUACGCUGUAUCAGCUUUGUGACAGUGCAUUUUCCAGACAGUCCAAUAGGUUUUAAAAUGGUUUAUUUAGCUUUAGAAGAAGAAUUUUUCACAACCUACAGUAUAAAGGAACACUACAAUUUAUCCCAAAAACUCAAAUCACCAAAUUUGGAGAUGAAUGUUUUUCAGCAUUAUUUGAUCACUGGGUGACAGUUGUACAAAUCAUGGUAAAAAAGUAAUAAACUCACCUUCCAAUAAGCAAAAAAUGUCAUAUAAGGUGAUGUGAUGAAUGGCAUCAUAUUUAUUACAUUAAAGCUGUAAUCAGUAACUUUUAUAAAAACAACUUUUUAUCAUAUUUGCUGAAACUAUCAGUAUAUCCAGACAGUAGUGCAUGAGACAGAUAAUCUGUGAAAAAAUCAGGCCUGUGAAUGGUUUCGUUUUGGCUUGACUGUUUCCAACAUGGCAGCCGGGCCACAAACUCAUUCUCAUGUUACAUCUAAACUGUACACUAAAAUAUGUUUUUGAACACCUGAGGUGAGAAAUAGGCAAUGCAGCAACUGAAUCUUGAUUAAAAUUUUAUCAGUGCUGCCUUUGAGAGUUUGACGCAGUUCAGGAGCAACGAUUGACACAACUGACAGCUGCAUUAGAGACCCCUUAACUCUGAUUGAUCGCUUUUGUUUAUGGGUGGUGGAUUCCAGCAAAUGCCAUUAGAGGCACUACAAGGAGGCAGAGUAACAUGAUUUUAUCUGUCUCAUGUACUUAUGUGUGAAUAAAGUGACAGUUUGAGCAAAUAUAACUAUAGUUAUUUUAAAAACGUUGUGAACUACAGCUUUGAAAGGGCAGUUGCAUUAUGGGAAAUGUAGGAUCCAGGGUUUUAGAUGUCCCCACUAGGAACUAAUAGUCUGCAUAUGUUGUAAUGUUGCAAUUUUUUUACAUUUUCUUUCUUUCUGUCUCUUGGGAAUGUCAUUAACUUUGCAGAUAUUUAGUCAUGAACCAAAGUAUUGGACAAAUUAAAACUUAAAUCUACUGGUGGCACUUGAAGUUAAGGGGUCACCAAAGUCAUUUGGAUUCAUCCUCUGAGGAACAUGAAUGUCUGCAACACGUUUCAUGACAAUCCAUCCAAUACAUGUGAAGACAUUUUACUCAAAUCCAAAAGUGUCAAUCUCAUUGUGGUGCUACAGGAAAAGUCAGAGUAUCACCAAAGCCAGUAGGAAUCAUCCACUGGGGAACAUGAAUAUGUCAACAAAAUUUCAUGACAGUGUAUCCAACAGUUGUUGAGAUAUCUCAGUCUUUACCAAAGUGGUGGACUGACUGACAGACCAACUUUGCCACCAGCUUUAUCCCUGUCUGUGUCUAUGUAAAGAUCAUCUAGGGUUGAGUAAAAACUUGAGGCAGAGUUGUAGAAUGAUUAUAAACAAACAAUGUUUCCUGCAUAUAUACAGCAUCUGGUCACCAUUCUGUGUUGCUAAGCCUGGGAUCAAUGGAGACGGAGCAAAGAAAACAGUGUCGGCUCAACACGUUCCGGGAAUAGUGUCUACUCUGCAGUUAUUUAUGCACUGACCUGAACUAAAGCCUCAUUCUUACCAAGACACAGGAAAAUACCUUUCUGCCUAUCAAGCACUGCGAAAUAAUAAUAAUAAUAAUAAUAAUAAUAAUAAUGAUAAUAGAAAAAGAAAUCAUCCCAAAGCUACACAUACAUUGUUUUUACAGAAAAUCCUACUCAUUCUGCCUUUAUUCAAUAAAAGAACAAAAAUAUUCAGAGUGACGUUCUCUAAAAGAAAAAAAAACAGUUUUGUGUGUGAAAGAGAAAGAGAAUAAAAUUGUAUCUCCAAUUUUGACUAUUUCUUACUUACUAGUCUGUAAAUAAAUAACUCACCAUUAGUCUUGUCUUGGUACCUGCAAUAAAGAUAGAUCACCAAAAGAUGGAGACACUUUAUCCAUGUUCAACAUUAGCCUAUUUCCUAAGUAUUGAACCAAAAGUAAGUUACUUGAACCAAAAAAAAAAUCUGAAGUUGUUUUAUUUUUUCACCCACAUUUACAUCCUGAAGUACCUUUUUAAACCAACAACAAGAAGAAAAAGCAGACAUUCGAGAUUGUACAACUACCACUAUUUCACAAACUGAAAUCUGAUAUGGUUGCUAAUAAAAUGCAUACUUUAUUAACAGAUGGUAUAACAUUUAUAAAUAUGUUGUUAAUUAUGAAAAUAAAGACAGAACAGUCACUAUCGCUAAAAUGGAGAAAAAUAAAUAUAUUAAACCAGCAUGCUACAACCACACUGUGGAUUUUAACCAAAAAACUGUUGCACAGAGCUCAUAAUGAAAUCUGGUCAGUAACACUGCAGUCACUCACCAAUUCAAGUGUAAAAAUAACAUUAGCAUUGCCUCACAGCUUCAGCUGAAAACCAAGAUUAAAAACUAGAAUAACACAGGCCUGACAUUUGGGCAUUUUAGAAAACCCUGGGAGUUAAAAUGGACCCCAUUAAAAUCCACCUUUUUUCCUCCUGUCAGCGGUGCAGUGAUCAGCAGCAGCUGGUAUGUUCAUGACAUUUGUAGAAAUCCCUGUGAAGCAGGGUUAGAGUUACUGCUGUGAAUGUGUGACUUUCAGCAGGGGAGGCUUACGUAGAACUGAAGGUAACCUCCAAGUAAAGACAAAGUACAAAGAGGAGGACGGGAGGUACUUGAGGAGCUGACAGGUUGUGGUCAAGAAGGGACAAACACUGUCCACCAACUCAACAACAUUUUCAGUCAUUCACCCACAGUGGAAACAUUUUUGGUGGCAGAAUUAUUAAUACUGCAAACAUAACAGUAUGCAGAUUUAUACAAAGAACAUAUUAUGAGAACAAGAUGAGAAAUUAUACUGUCCUAAAAGGCCAAAAUGGAGCAACUACACAUUCUGUCAAAACUGAGUUUAGACCAGUCUAAGUUUUUGACAUCUGUUCUAGCAUUUAAAAGUUUAUUUGCAAUAUAAAGUUGUUUUUUUAUAAAUAAUAAUAAAAAAAAAACAUUAAAAAAUUGCUAGAACUAGGUUUUGCUAUUUCCUGUAACUGAUAUAAUAUUUUUGAUGCUCCAGCAUUUUAGUAAUUAAGUUGUUUUUAUACCACAUUAAUUAAUUAGGCAGUAUCUUAAUUUGGUCAUAAUGAAUAAGGAACCAAAAAACAGUCGUCAGAUAACUAGCCUAGCUAUCAGAUUAGCACUAACUGCCAUCUCUGUAGCCAAUGACUUUGGUGGAAUUAAUGUGAUUUCAUGUUAAACUACACUUAAAUCAUAUUUAAAUGUAUUCUAUCAAAGAUGAAGCAAACUAGCAUUCACUGAAAUGGACAACAGAGAAAGAAACAAGAAUGUAUUGUUUGUAGAUAUGGUGUUGUCUAUGCGCCAUUUAAGUUGCUUUUUAGGCUUUGUUUAAGGGUCUGUGACAAUUAUAACAAGUAAGUCUAAAGGGCAUAUAAUUAAGGUUUUACAAACUGUUACAGAGUUGACUUCAACAACACUUCAGUUUUGUAGUUUCAAAAGCUUUGUAAAUGGAUAUGUAUGCAGAUAUAUGUAGGAAACAGUAGGAGAUUUUGGAAUCAAAAGCAUUCUGGUUUCUGUUUGUAGUCUGAGUAGUUUUGACCAUUCAUGUCUGAGCAGGGUUUGGUUGCCUGCAGGUUACCAGUCUAUGUGUAGAACAAAAGAGGUGGAACCCAUUGGCUGUAAUACAGUCUUGUAACCCAUCUCAAUCGUCGGAUGACAAUUUAGCUUUAUGCCAACAUUUUAUUGGCUUUUUUUUUAAAAAAAACUUAGCAGCACUCAAAUAAGCCCAUUUCUGUUUAUAGAGAUUAGCUGAAAUGACAGGCACACAGAAGAGGAAGUUUUGGCCCAGAUAGCCACUGGCUACACUGAAACCCCCAAAUAUUGGCCAUUACCAGUUAAGGCUUAUCAUUGUCAGACCACAUGGGUUCAGAGAUUGGUAGUUUCCUAAUGUGACAAAGAUGAUAUCAGCCAUUCAAAACAUUACAGUCAUGGAGAAGUCAACAAAUUUAGACAAAAAAUCAGAAUGUAGAAAAGAUCAGCAACAUCUCAUUUAUCAUUAUUUCAAAUAUAAUUGGAAAAUUUGAAAAAUGCAUUGACACAAAUUCAUGAAAACUCUCCACUAAAAAGACACCAAAAUACCAAAAAUAUUUAUUGAAACCUCUUAUGUUAUGGUCUGUAUUCCUAUAAGCAAAUAGUGCAGAUCUCUUCAAGUCUUGAAUUAAUAUAAAGUCAAGAAAAAACUUCUUGUCCAUCAUAUCAGACAAAAAAAUUGACUUGAUUUUAACCAGUUGGUAAAAAACACAAUAGGCUCAUAUGAUGUCAUUUACUCUCCUAUAGGCCUAGGUGUGAUUUCUUCUUUUAUAGAGCCAACAUGUCCUCUGCUUUACUGCUGGAUAUUAAGAGAUGAUUUAAUGUAUUUUCAAGAUGACAACCUGCUGUUCACACUUGCUCCCGCGCACUACUCCCCCUAAGCUGAUGAGAGCUCAAGUUACAGAUGCUCUUCCAUGAUUAUUCUAAAUGUAGUAACAAAGCUGUUGCCAUGUAUUUAUGCAACACCCGACACCGUUACGUGUUAACUUGUAAACAAUGCAGACAAACCAGACAACUUCCCUCAAGGUGGCUGACUAUUACUAACCUUGGCAUGGAACAUGUGGCAUGAGAUACGUUGCAGACAUAUGAGUUAUUGUUUCAUUAUCAACAAUUAGGCCCACCAUUUAAAUUCAAACACAGCAGAGUAAAGUAGCAUUGUAGUAAAGUAUGUAGCCUAUAUUCCACCAGGAUUUAGUUCUUGUCCAAAAACAUAAAAAAUAUUAUUUAUCUAAAAUUAUUGUCUCUGUAGAUGAUUGUUUAUUCAUCUGAUUUUUUUAAUUGGUGGUGUGCCACAGGGUUCAAUUUUUGAGCCAUUUCUGUUCUCUCUGUGCUAGUUCCAACAAAGCCACAUUAAUAAUAUUUUUGUAUGUAAUUUUUUUUGCUGAUGACGCUCCACUAUUUCUUUUAUUUAAUUGCCAUAUUUCUAUGAUGGUAGAAGCAAAUUACUAUUACUAUUAGUGCAUUAACACAAUAAAUAGAGGUGAAUUAAGCUGCAGAAUUCAUUUGAUAAGUUUCUAUGGAUAAUGUGUGUGAUGCUAUUAGAAUUAAGUUAAUCGCAGCAACUGUGCUUUUUGUAAGACAAAACUGACAGCUUUUACCAGCCACCAUUUAAGCCUAAAGGUGGGUAAACUUAUGAAAAAGAUUAUAAGACUAAAGGGUUUGAAAAAUGGAAUAAA